CCCGAGUGUCUGUUUAUUCCACUCUGAGUCAUCCGCAAAGGGCAAAUGUGGACUGGCUGCAGGGGAAGGGCGGGAGACCGAGGGGUAUGUGACGCAGUCUCCCUGAGUCAGGUUGUUGCCGCCUUCCUCAUGUCCGGGAGAUUUAAAAGUCUGAGCGGCCCUGACUGGAGGUUCCAAUGCGUGAGCGGAGAGGCUGGAAAAGCGCGCGCCAACUGAGAGAGGGAGGAAAAAAGAAAGGUAGGCAGGAAAAAGCUGGCCACACAACCAGCCAACCCACCCACCCAGAAGGCGCUAUGCAAAGAGCAAGUGCUUGCCGACGGCAGCAGCAGCCCCCGCCUCUUCCAGCCUUUUACAAGAAUGACAGCAGCGGCAGCAGCAGUAGGACAUCCCACCCCACCCCUAGGAAGCUGCAGUCUGGCUCGGGAACCCCUUGGGGUUUGCUCCUCUUCCUUCUCGCCUUUUGGGUGAGCUCGUGCAAAGGUGCACCAGUGGCACCCUAUGUUCUACAAGGAGAACAAGAUUUGCAGUUAUCGAAUGAGAUAGAUGAUGUGUGCUCUGCUUACCUGGCCACAGAUAUUCCGCUUCAGUCAUCCAAUGCAUUGGAAAAACUUUGCUAUAUGAUUCUGGAACUUCUACAUAAAGCUCAGGGGUUAGAUGAAAAGGACAACACCAAAAGAUUCUUAUUUCAUUAUUCUAAGACCCAUGACACAGGCAACUCAGACAUUCUGUCGUCUGUCCUGCAUCCUUUGCAACAACUUGUUCCCCAACUGCAUGAGAGGAGACUGAAGAGAUACAAAGUGGACGAAGAACUUCGAAUACCUGGAGGGAUUCAAAGUAGGGGGUACUUUAUCUUCAGGCCACGCAAUGGAAGGAGAUCUGCUACAUUUCGUUAAAAUGGGUUCUUCGUGUUUAGACCUAGAACCGUCACAGGAUUGCAGAUAACAUGAGCAUCCUAUCCUUCAUGUGUAUUUUUUUUCCUGAUAUUUCAUCCACAAUGUAAUUUAUUAUAAUUAAAAGUGCAGUGCAACCUUAUGCAUGCUGACUCACGAGUAAGUCUCAUUAAAUUUAAUGGCGCUAACUUCCAAAUAAGUCAGCAUAGGAUUGCAGCCUAAGGUGCAAUUGUUUCUUUCUUGAAGCAUUUUUAAUAAUUCCUCAUGUUAUGGUCUUCACAAUUCUUCGUAAUAAAACUGUAAACAAAGCACUGUUGGUGUUAGAUUGUUGCAUGCAAAAGACCUUGACCACAGCAGUAAUGCCACAUAUAGAAUUUUGUUUUCUUUUGUUGUAAAUAAAGGCACUCCACAGAGAGUUGUUUUUAAUGAGAAUAUUUUAAUGAGAAUUUUUCAGUUUUUAAUGUUACUUUUCGUGGUUUGGGUCUUACGAUUUGCAAUUAUGGUUUAAGUGUUUUCGUAAUAUAAAACUAGCAUACUAAUAACGAACAUAGAAUCAAAUGGGCCCUCCUUGUAUGUGGUGAUAUUUCAGCUGUUGGAGCAAUAGAGCAAUGGAACUGUAGUCAA